GCCAGCGAUGCCAAGGAGGAAGCGCAGAAGGAGUAUGCGGCUGUGCAGGCGGCCCAGAAGCAAGCAGCCAGCGAGAAGAAGACCUCGGAGCAAGCGCAGUCGCAGGUGACGGCUGCAGAGCAAAAGGCAAAGCAGGAGGAAGCCGCAGCGCAGCAGGCGCAACAGGAGACGCAGGCAGCCCGCAAGGCCACGCAGUCGGCUGAGCAGCAGCUGCAGACCGAGAAGAAGAACGCGGAGCAA